AUGCGAGUACCGUCAGCGAUCCAGGAGAAACGCGGUCAGCAGGAGGUCAAGCUCAAGAGACACGAGGAGAUACUGGGAAAGAUUUUCCCUGGAUACGACUUAUUAGGCCUUGAAACCAAGUCGCGUCCGGAGCUUUUAGAUAGGCUUGGCAUCGCCAGUCUUCCGAUCCACUGUCAGCCAUCACAGGGCCAGCCGCCAAAUCCCAUACCGUUACCAAGCAAAGACGCUUCCACUCAUGAAGAAGACGACUCGGCAGCGCUUUCCGAGAAUGAGAAUGGAGACGUUGCGCCUGAGCCCCAGUGGGACGAAUCACUCGACCAGCGUGAGGCCGUAGCCACCGACGACAUCAACGCCAUCGGGCUGGCUACUGACAAGCAAGCGAGAUCCUAUCUCGGCAUAUCGUCCAUGAGUGCUGCCUUUCGCACCAUAUUUAAGCUAUAUCCGCCAACCAAAGAAUACACGGCCGCUCGCGCAAGGGCUUGCGCUGCCGCACCACCGCCCAGCCAGCUCGCCACCCCGUUCCUCACGCGAGACCCGGCGCUCAGUCUGUUGCGCGAGCAGCGCUGCAUCGACUUCUACUUUGACCAUUUCCACGCUGUGACGCCGCUGAUAGACGAAGAUGACUUUCGCAAGCAGUACGCCAUGGGUGUCCGGCGUGAUAGCUCCUGGCUCGGCCUGCUGAACAUGGUCUUCGCCCUGGGCAGCAUCGCCUCCGGCAGUGAUAGCCUCCACCAGGAGUACUACAAGGCGGCGCGGGCAUCCUUCAGCCUUGACAGCCUGGGCUCCGGCAACAUCUACAGCCUGCAGGCCCUGUGCCUGCUCGGCGGCUUCUACUUGCACUACCGCAACUCGCCCAACAUGGCAUACGGCAUCCUGGGCGCAGCGCACCGCGUCGCCGUCGCGCUCGGCCUGCACCGCGAACCACGGCCCGGCACCGGCACCAACGAGGCCCGGCGCGCCGAGACGCACCGGCGGACGUGGUGGAGCCUGGUCUGCCUCGACUCAUGGGCGUGCAUGACGCAGGGCCGGCCGACGCUCGGCCGGUGGGACCCGGCGACCAUGGACACGGCGCUGCCCGCGCCGCUGCACGACGACGACCACGCCGCCGCGUCACUACGCGCGAGCGCCCUUCUGUGCCGCGUCUGCGACCGCGUGCAGGACCGGCUGGCGCGCGUCGGGCCGCGUAUCGCGCACGACGAGAUUCUCGCCCUCGACGUGGAGCUCCUGGACUGGCACGAAACCGCGCUGCCGCCGGUCCUGCGGGACGACGACGCGGCGUCGGCGCGGAACCACCCGCGGCUGCGGAUCGCGCGCGAGUUCAUCUGCACGCGCUACCUCAAUGCGCGCGUCGUCCUUGCCCGGUGCGCCCUGCUGCUCACGGCGCACGACCGGCGCCGGCGGCCCAUCGUCGUCGAGGAGGACCGCACGCUCGCACGCUGCUGUGCCGUCGCCGCCGACGCCAUCGACGCCGUCGCCCUGCGCUGGACGCCCAACCGUUUCCUCGUCUGGAGCGCCGCCUGGUACCUCUUCCAGGCUUCCACCGUCCCGCUGCUCGCCAUGGCCAUGGAACGCAGCGGCGGUGGCGGGCCGUCGUCACCCGCGGUAGUGACCGCGACGCCCCCGCGGUUCGUCGAGUGGCGGGAGAGCCUCGCCAAGGCGCUGGGCGCGUUCGCGGAGAUGCGGGCGUGGAUGCGCCCCUCGGACCGCUCCCCAGACAUCGUGGCGGCCAUGUACGAGGCGCUCACCGCCGACGCGGACGUUGUCGUCGGGCGGACGCCGUCGGUGAGCGACGGGAGCGGCCUCGACCUCCUUGGCUGGUGCGAUGAGCAGUUGGCGGAGAUGGACUGGAGCGAGUUCCUCGGCGAGGAUAGUAUGCCGCCGGACAUGAUGCCGCUGGCCUAA